AUGGUGGAAUACAUCUGCAAGAAGAAACUCAAGGUUUUCCGAGGGACACCAAAGCAAGCAAUGUCUUUAAACCAUGAGAAAGUGCAGCUGGCACCAAUGCGAUUAUAUACACUGUCCAAACGGCAUUUUGUUCUGGUCUUUGUAGUAUUCUUUGUUUGUUUUGGUUUGACAGUCUUCAUAGGAAUAGCAGGUCCUAAUGUAAUUGAAACUUCUGUAGCAAGAACCGACUUAAAUAACAGCCUAAAGCUGAAGCCAUUUAAUUUAAGUUCACCACCACUGUCUACUUACAAUCAGCAGCUAUGGCUGACCUGCAUAGUUGAGUUGGAUCAGCACGAUGUAUCCCUCAAAAAGAAUGUUACUAUGACAGUCAAAGUACUUGGAGUGGUGAAGGAUGGAAGCACACCAUAUGUUAAUAAUCAAGUUCACAAUCGGACGAGAUUACUCAGUUGUGCACAAAAAUGCAGUGAAAUCAUUGUUGCUCACCUUGGCUACCUGAACUACACUCAGUACAACAUAUUUGUUAGCUUUGAAGAUCUAAAUAAGUUAACGUACACCAUCCAGAAUAUUACUUUCACAUGGAAGACCUACAAUCCAACUUUUUCUCAAGUGGAAAUAUGGUUCCGAUUUGUCUUUGUAGUUCUCACUUUUAUGGUCACGUGUCUGUUUGCACAUUCCCUGCGGAAAUUCUCCAUGAGAGACUGGGGUAUUGAACAGAAAUGGAUGUCCAUCCUCCUUCCCCUCCUGCUACUUUACAAUGAUCCAUUUUUCCCCCUUUCUUUUCUGGUGAACAGCUGGUUUCCUGGAAUGCUGGAUGAUCUAUUCCAGUCACUGUUUCUGUGUGCACUGUUGCUGUUCUGGCUUUGUGUCUACCAUGGUAUAAGAGUACAGGGGGAAAGGAAGUGCUUAACUUUUUAUCUGCCCAAAUUCUUUAUUGUUGGACUAUUGUGGCUGGCCUCUGUUACACUGGGAAUAUGGCAAACUGUUAAUGAAGUACAUGAUCCUACAUAUCAAUACAGAGUCGACACAGGUAAUUUCCAGGGAAUGAAAAUCUUCUUCCUUGUGGUGGCAACCACAUACAUUCUCUACCUUUUGUUCCUGAUAGUGAGGGCAUGCUCAGAACUUCGUAACAUGCCUUAUGUUGAUCUCAGGUUAAAAUUCUUGACUGCAUUAACCUUUGUAGUGCUUGUCAGUAGCAUUGUUAUACUCUACCUACGCUUUGGAGCACAAGUUCUACAGGACAACUUUGUUGCUGAGCUGUCGACUCAUUAUCAGAAUUCAGCAGAAUUCUUAUCAUUUUAUGGUUUAUUGAACUUUUAUCUCUACACAUUAGCCUUCGUGUAUUCCCCCUCAAAGAAUGCACUAUAUGAAUCACAGUUGAAAGACAAUCCUGCUUUUUCUAUGCUGAAUGAUUCAGAUGAUGAUGUGAUUUAUGGGAGUGACUAUGAAGAAAUGCCACUUCAGAAUGGCCAAGCUAUUAGAGCCAAGUAUAAAGAGGAAUCGGACAGUGAUUGAUUUUGAUGUAGACAGACUUGUUCAGCUGGAAUUAAACCAAUGUUGAAGUUCUCCUAGAUGGACAGCUUCCCUGGCUUCCUUACAGUCUGCUGUCAUCUGAACACCGACUCCCAGGAAGGACAUCCUGCUUCUGUUGCUGUUUACAAGGCUAAAACUGAAAAAAAGAAUGCUUGAAAAGGUUGUGGUGAACACUUAAGAAACCAAAAUUUUUACACGUCUUAUAAAAUGCCUGAUAGCAGGAUGUCUGUGGACUAAACUCUUGAAGUCUAUUUCCAUUUAGAAGUGUCACUGAUUAUAUGCUGAUUUUAAAAUUGCUUCCUUGCUGCUUGGAUUUUUGGGAGGGUUUUUUUGAGGAUUAUGUACAGCAUACUGUCAUUCAUCUGUUGCAUUUGUGAUAGCUCCUUUGUAUAUUGUCUGCUGCUGUACAAAGUGCCUCAUUUCCCUUUCAAUUUUCUACCUUAGUCUUUUGAGCUGGAGGCAUGGAAUGAAGCAUUUUAGGGUUAUCUCUUUUUUUUUCUUUUUUUUCUUUUUUUGUUAAAUGUAAGAAAACACAAGCUUUCCAUUCUUCCUUCAAAGAAGCGAUACAGACUUAAGACCAUUUUUUUAAUUUCAUUUAAAUGAGUUUACCAGAUUUGUAAGUGCGAGAUAUGUGCAAAUAGUCAAGUUCUAGUGAGCCAAAAUAGCCUCAGUGGUGCAAAAUUAUUUCUAUAUUAUAUG